AUGAUUACUGUUGCAAAUAUUACUGAUGAUUCUGUUGCUAACAUUACUGAUGAUUCUGUUGCAAAUAUUACUGAUGAUUCUGUUGCAAAUAUUACUGAUGAUUCUGUUGCUAAUAUUACUGAUGAUUCUGUUGCUAAUAUUACUGAUGAUUCUGUUGCUAAUAUUACUGAUGAUUCUGUAGCUAAUAUUACUGAUGAUUCUGUUGCUAACAUUACUGAUGAUUCUGUUGCAAAUAUCACUGAUGAUUCUGUUGCAAAUAUUACUGAUGAUUCUGUUGCUAAUAUUACUGAUGAUUCUGUUGCUAACAUUACUGAUGAUUCUGUUGUUAAUAUUACUGAUGAUUCUGUAGCUAAUAUUACUGAUGAUUCUGUUGCUAAUAUUACUGAUGAUUCUGUUGGUAAUAUUACUGAUGAUUCUGUUGCUAAUAUUACUGAUGAUUCUGUUGCUAAUAUUACUGAUGAUUCUGUUGGUAAUAUUACUGAUGAUUCUGUUGCUAAUAUUACUGAUGAUUCUGUAGCUAAUAUUACUGAUGAUUCUGUUGGUAAUAUUACUGAUGAUUCUGUUGCUAAUAUUACUGAUGAUUCUGUUGCUAAUAUUACUGAUGAUUCUGUUGGUAAUAUUACUGAUGAUUCUGUUGCUAAUAUUACUGAUGAUUCUGUUGCUAAUAUUACUGAUGAUUCUGUUGGUAAUAUUACUGAUGAUUCUGUUGCUAAUAUUACUGAUGAUUCUGUUGCUAAUAUUACUGAUGAUUCUGUUGGUAAUAUUACUGAUGAUUCUGUUGCUAAUAUUACUGAUGAUUCUGUAGCUAAUAUUACUGAUGAUUCUGUUGCUAAUAUUACUGAUGAUUCUGUAGCUAAUAUUACUGAUGAUUCUGUUGCUAAUAUUACUGAUGAUUCUGUUGGUAAUAUUACUAAUUCUACAUCUGUUGUUAGUCCUUUUUUUGUGGAACUAAUGUAA